AUGGGAGAAGCUGAGAAUUUGCAAAACCAGAUCAAGGCUCGAUUCCUUACAUUUCUAAAUACAUACAAGGAAGAAGGUAGCGAUGAAUUGUACUAUCAUGUUCAAUUCGAAAAAAUGAAAGAAGAAGAAAAUACUACAUUAAGAGUCUCAUACGAGCAUUUAUAUCAAUUUGAUAGCACAUUCGCCGAAAUUAUCGCAGAAAACUUAUAUAGAUUCUAUAAUUCUUUAGUUGCUGCCUUAGUUGAUUUUGUUAUGGCUCAAGAUAAGAUGUAUGCUAUAGAAGGAAGAACACACAACCCUCGUCCGUUUGCUUUAUCCAUUACAGAUUACAAUGUCAAAAGCGCACUUCGUCAAAUCAAGCCAUCACACGUUGGAACACUCAUUAUGUUCCAAGGUACAGUGACAAGAAUAUCCGAUGUCCAGCCAGAACUUCUCAAAGGUACAUUUAGAUGCAGAGUAUGUGGACAAGAUAUUCCAAACGUAACUCAGAAUUUCCAAUAUACCGAACCAAGCGUUUGCCCUAAUAAAUCAUGCAACAAUCAUUCAAGAUUCGAACUCCUUACAGACAGAUCCGAAUUCACAGAUUUCCAGCGUAUCAUUGUUCAGGAAGAUCCAGAUGAAUCUCCAGAUUCUGGAAUGCCACGUACAAUGGAAGUCAUCCUUCGUCAUCAGCUUGUUGAUACAGCCAAGCCAGGUGACAGAUGCCAAUUCAUUGGCAUGCCAGUUGCUGUUCCAACAACAGCCAAGCGUGCAAUUGGUGAAAGACCAGUUUUAACACGUGGAGCAGGCUUCCAGGCAGAUGGUGUUACUGGUGUUAAAGGCUACGGUGUAAGAGAACUUACAUAUCGUCUUUCUUUCCUUGCAUCAUCAGUUUUACCUCUCCAUAUUGAGGACGAAAUCCUCAACAACAACAUGGAAACACCAUCCCACAUGAUGCAUGAAGCAAACGCCUCCCAAGAUACUAUCUACGAUAAGCUUGCUCGUUCAAUUGCACCAGAUAUCUAUGGCCACGAAGAUGUCAAGCGCGGAAUCCUUCUUAUGUUGCUUGGUGGUGUCCAGCAGCAAGCACAGGGCAUGAAGAUCAGAGGUGACAUCAACGUUUGCAUUGUUGGCGAUCCAUCAACUGCAAAAUCGCAGUUCUUGAAGUUCAUUUCUAAGACAAUGCCGAGAUCAGUUUAUACAAGUGGUCAAAGCUCAUCCGCAGCAGGUCUCACAGCCACGGUUGUCAAGGACUCUGAGACAGGCGACUUCAUGAUCGAAGCCGGUGCUUUGAUGCUUGCUGAUAAUGGCGUUUGUUGCAUUGAUGAAUUCGAUAAGAUGAAUCCAACAGAUCAGACAGCAAUUCACGAAGCAAUGGAACAGCAGACAAUCUCCAUUGCAAAGGCUGGUAUCCAUGCAACACUUAAUGCAAGAGCAUCAAUUCUUGCUGCUGCAAACCCAGUAAAUGGCAGAUACAACACAGCAAGAUCUCUCAGAGCAAACUUGAAUCUUCCUGCUCCUAUCAUGUCCAGAUUUGAUCUUUUCUUCAUCAUCACAGAUGAUGUCAAUGAAGAUCUCGAUAGAAAGAUUGCCAGACAGAUCAUCAAUGUCCACAUGGGCAAAGAAGUCACAACAAAAGCAAUCUUUUCACAGCACGAAUUGAAGACAUACAUUACUUUCGCAAAAAGAUUGACACCUGUUCUCAAAGACGAUGCUGUUGAUGCAAUUGUUAAGCACUACGUAACACUUAGAUCGCAGGAUGCUGUCGGUGGUGGUGGUGCUUCAUCAAGAAUCACUGUUAGACAGUUGGAAGCUCUUAUUCGUCUUUCAGAAGCCAUUGCGAAAUUGAAUCUCGCAGAGGAAGUUAAACCGACGUAUGUCCAUGAAGCAGCAAGAUUGUUGACAUACUCAAUCUCUAAGAUUGGUUCGGAACCAAUUGUAUUAGAAGCAACAGAUGAUGAUGUUGUAGAGCCAAAGACAGAACAGAAAGAGGAAACUGUUGAUCACAAUGUCAUUCAAUUCGAUACUUAUCAUUCAAUUGCAACAGGAAUUAUUCAGAGACUUAGAGAUCUCGCAACACAAGGAAGAGCUGGAGAGACACUUGAAGACCUCGUUAACUGGUAUACAGAAGAGAAUAAGGAUAUCUUGAAGUACUUGCAGUCAGAAGAAAUGAUGGCUAAUAUUACAAAGAAGAUCAUUCUUAGACUGAUUCAAAUGGAUCAUGUUCUUUUGUUGAAUGAACAGACAGGACUUAUCUCAGUUAACCCAUUAUUCUUCCGUGAUUAA